AUGUCAGAAAAUUUUCAAAAUUCACCUUUCUUUGGGACAGAAAGGGCUCGGCAGCCUUCUCUGCCUCUGCUGAGCAACUCCACCCAGUCUGCAGGAAGGGUGUGCAACUACUCCAGGGUCUCCACCCCAGAUGUGAGUUCAGCAUGGCUUCUGCCAUCAGCAUCCAGCACUUCUCUCCAGCCACUCAUGGGUAAUGCCUAUCUUAACCCACAUGCUGGCACAACCAUGCUGACAGUGCUGACUGAGCAGGGCCAGAUCUCCACCUCGGCACCCUCCUAUCCAGGUGCUCUCAAGUGGGAUUUCCCUGGAAGCACAGAUAGGAGGGAAAAUGCACUCCAGGAGUUCAAUGUAGCUAUCAUUGACCAGGACACUACACUCUCCUCCCUGGCUGUGACAAACCAGUGUGAAAAAAUUUUAGAUCCCAAUGCCAUAGUUCCUUUCUAUCCAACACUAUCUACCAGCUUUGUCCAGGUCACACCACCGCAGAUGCCAAAUCAAGGAUACAGCCUGGCUCCUUCCUACCAGGAGGGUAGCCAGGUCUAUUACUAUGAGCACAACAGCCUGGGCCCUCUGAUAGCUGGAGAAUUUGGGCAGUGUGUGCAGGCCCAUGGCUCUGUGUCCUACCCUGGGAGUCAGACCUCUGCGCUCCAACCAGAGAUGGUGAUGGUGUUAAAGGAGAUUCAGCCAAGGAAUGUCCAAAUACCACUCUUUACCUCUGCCUUCUCCUAUUCCACAUCUGCUCAAUCCAUGGCAGACAACAGUCUUCCCGUGGUUCAAAUGGAGACAUCCCUGGGAUUGGCACCUUCAGGCCUGACACAAUGUCAGCUACAGAGUCCAGAACUCUGCAACACCUGUACCCAGGUUUCCCAGAUAGGGCCACCAGCUGUCAACGGGGACAGGGCAUUAACAGCUCCCAUCCACAGUCCUUCAGAAUUCCUGGCCUUGCCUCCACCUCCAAGCCUGGAACAAACAGAGAACAAAAACAUGGCUGAGAUAAAAGAUGAGUUUUUAAAGACUCUGGAUGCCCAUGAGGGCACAAAAGAAAACCAAGACACACCGAUCGAGACUUUAGAACCACCUGACUCACAGCAGCCUCUGCACUGCACUGAUACUGAGAGCCUAAGGCAGAAGCCUGCUUCUGAUAAUGCCCAUUCGGGAGGCAUCAGCAUGGGCCUGAAAGAGCUUGAGGGGCUAGAGAAUGAGACUGGAUCCAGCUUUGACUUUAAAGACAUCACUACACUUGAGGCAGACAUUCAACUUCCACAACUUCUCAGCACCCUCACAGACAUAGACCAGGAUCAGUCCUGUGAAAACUGGAGAGUCAUCAGUGGCCCCUCUGACCAAGUGAGGAAGAACAAACACAAAUCCUCUGAGCUGCUUGAGGGGGCUCCUCAGGCCAAACUCCAGCACCGGGACCUGGCAGAGGGAGAGGGGGCUGUGUGUGUUGCUGGGGCCAGUGACAGGGCUAAUGAAACCAUGGCCAAGCACCUGGAGGGCAAAGCUCCCAAAGCUCCCCCCAGCAAGAACAGAAGAGUUAGGAGACAGGGGCAAGGAAGACCAAGUGGACCAGAGAACAACUCCAAGAAAACAGAGGAGCUUAAGCAAUCGAGGAACAGAGCCAAAGCAGAAGAGAAGCCCACCAUCCCCAAGACCAAGAGGAAGAGGAAUCCACCUGAGCUCAGCCAAAACAGCUUCAAGAAGCCUCGAACCCACCUUGGCAUGCACAUGCUGGAGUCCGUGCAGGUCUUCCACCCUCUGGGGAAGAAGAAUGAGAAGAAAACUGGCAUCUCCUCCUUCGGGGGUCUGAGAACCUUCACCAGCAACAAAGAUCCAGGCCCACGCCCAGUUACCACAACAAUGCUAAACAGACCAUGUGAGGGCCAGGGCCCUCCCAAAAGCCCAGGGAAGGUUCAGAGAGCAGAGAGCAGUGCUGACAAAGAAUGUCUAUCUCCAUCCCAGUACGAGCUGCCCCCAGCUGGGAAGGUCAGGUUAGUACCUCUGCCUUUUCCAACCCUGGACAAGCCUCAAGCCAGACCUGCUUCUAGAAAGCCCCUCCCCCUGGCUUCACGCAGGCCCACGGCAGCUUGCCCUGUGCAGCCUCAGUCUCACUCGGCUCAACCUAGCACACUCAGGCCAACUCAACCAGCUCCUGUCAGCACAUCUUUGAUGGCCCCUGCCAAGCCAGCUCCUCCAAUUUCCUCCAGUGCCACACAACCUAAUGUAGCCAACCCCAUCCAGUCUAGUGCUGCACCACAGGUGGCUACUUCGAGGCCUGCACCUUGCAGAGCAUCAUCUCACACUUCUUUCCAGAAAGAGCUUGUUUCUGCUGCCAAGAACAAGGUGCCAUCACCACCCAAACCUCAAACACAAUAUCUGCUGCAAGACUUCAGCCGCCAACCCAUUCCAUGGAAGAAAGUUGACAUUCUCGGGCCAGUUGUCUCACAACCCAUCACAAAAGAGCAGAGGCCAGAGAGGGAGGCCAUGAAGAGGCGGGCCCAACAGGAGCGCGAGAAUGCUGCCAAGAACGGCUCUUCUGGAAAACUGCAGCUUUUCCUUCAGAGGGAGAAGGAUAUGGAAAUUUCUCAAUAUUAUGGCUAUGCAAUGUAA